AUGGCUGCAUCCACCAUGUCUGUCUGCUCCAGUGCUUGUUCCGACAACUCCUGCCAGGUGGACGACUGCCCAGAGAGCUGCUGCGAGCCCCCCUGUGGCUGCGCCCCGGCCCCCUGCCUGACCCUCGUCUACACCCCAGUGAGCUGUGUGCCCAGCUCCUGCCAGUCAGUCUGCACCAGCUCCUGCACACCCUCGUGCUGCCAGCAGUCUAGCUGUGAGCCAGCUUGCUGCACCUCCUCCCCCUGCCAGCAGGACUGCUGUGUGCCCGUGUGCUGUAAAACUGUCUGCUGCAAGCCUGUCUGCUGCAAGCCUGUCUGCUAUGUGCCUGUCUGUUCUGGGGCUUCCUCUUCGUGCUGCCAGCAGUCUAGCUGUGAACCUUCCUGCUGCACCUCCUCCUGCUGCAGACCCUCCUCCUGCAUGUCCCUCCUCUGCCGUCCCAUGUGCAGGACUGCCUGCUGUGUGCCCGUCCCCUCCCGCUGUGCCCCUGCCUUGUCCUGCCGGCCCAGCUGCUGCCGCCCGGCCUCCAGCGUGUCCCUGAUCUGCUGCCCCACGUACUCCCGCCCGGCCUGCUGCAGCCUCUAG